AUGAUUGCAGCGCAUAUAGUAAUCAUUGCAUUCCUCCAAGAAGCAGUGUCGCUGGUACAUGUUGAGCCUAAUAUGAAAACGUUCUCUUAUGCCAUAAAAAACGGUUUCCUUCAUCCUAAAGAAGAGAAAACACUGUACGAGCAUAACACAGGCCAACCUGGUGUGAUCACAGAGCAAUGGUUUACGGGCUUAGAAUGCAGGAAUCGAAGCAUGAGGAUGAGAAUCUAUAUUGACGACGAAAAAAAAGCAAGUUUAGAUUUCCAAGUCUUCACGGCUCAUGCCACAGGAUUUAGAGAGACUGAUGACCUAUCAAAUGUUCCUUGGGGAACCAAAUGGUUUGGGCACAGCGCCAAAGGAGGUGGAAUGUACAACACUUUUCGAAUCCCUUUUGGCAAAUCAUUUCGUGUCACUGCCACGAAUCCAUGCCGUCGUCAGUUCUGGUACAUCAUUCGUGGCGUGGAAAAUUACCCUGUUGUUUUAGGCGACCUUGUACUGCCACCAACAGCAAGACUAAAGCUCUAUAAAAGGGAAAAUGUUUCCUUAUCGGCGUUUGAGUUCUUGAAGAUGGCACACGUCCCUAGUUCUGCAGGAGCGGUGUUCUUGGUGACAAUGGCCGCCACUGGCUCUGAUCUUACCUACCUUGAAGGCUGCUUCCGUGCGUUCAUCGAUGGCAGCAACGAGGCAAUGUGGCUUUCAUCUGGUACUGAAGACUUUUUCUUAUCUGCAUAUUAUUUUGAUGCGGGAACAUAUCAAAACUCAAAUGCUGGAUUGACUUACAUAAAUGCCUCAACAGGCUAUGUCAGCGCGUACAAGUUUUUUGAAAACGAUCCUUUGCUGUUUAGCAAAUCCCUGGAACUUUGGUGGCGAUGUAGCGAUAUUGAUUUCACUAAAGACAAGUAUGGCUGCCCUCACACUUGGCCUGAUCCUAGUCCUUCUGCUUCACCUGACCGAAAAGAGUAUUACAAAAGAGAGAAGCUUUCCAAGAAGGAGAAGAUUGCCAUCAAAAACAUAAAAAGAGAGAUCCAAAAGAAACAGAAGAAGAAAGACUCAGCCACAACCAAGAGAUCUACUCAUACUUUCAGAGAUGAAAAACCUUACGUGUAUGCCACCUUACGCUCACUGAAUGUGACUACAUACACGUGGGUUUAUGAAUGGUGA